GCGGCGCUGCACCGCGCGCCUUGGACCGUUAUGGCCGUGUCUGUGCUCCGACCGGCACACAUACUGAGCUCACACACACUGAGAACACACUUUGAGAACACACUCUGAACACACUGAACACACACACACACGCACACACUGAGCGCUCCGCUCCAUCACUGCUCCGCGCGCCACUCCGGGACUGCCGGAUACUGCUGAGCAGGUCUUAUCUCUGGCAACUGCGUCACAUCACGGACAAAGAAACAACAUUUCCAGGAGAAAAAGCUCUGCUGUCUCCCUCUCUCCUCCCUCAGACAGUAGGUCAGACUCAGAGGUGCCUUUGGUGUCCUCCCACUGUGACUUCAACACACCCACUGUGACCCCACGCUCACUGGGAGGUCUGCAGCAACCUUUGAAGGCUUCAGGUCAGCGGCGGUGGAGAGAUGAAGACGUGCUGCCUGAUCCUGGCAGCUCUGCUGCUGCCCAGCAGCCACGCAGUGUGUCCUGAUAAAGAGACAGGACUGCAGCCAUGGAUGCCGGGACACAGCGAGGACCACCGUGUUACCAUCGGUUACGGCAGGAAGGUCCUCCUCACAACUUCAGCUACGGUCCACUCCAUUGAGAUUCUCAGUGGCGGUUUGACACGUAUCGCAGUAAGGAUGAGAGUCGGCGCCUUGCUAAGUAUGUGGAUGGUGUGGGGGCGGGGCUUAUUCUGGCGUUGAUGGUCAAUGAUGAGGGUUCCAACAACUUGGAGGACUCGGCCAAGAAGAUCCUCUUCAGGCUGGGCAGCCAGCACAUCAACACUCUGGGAUUUCGGCAUCCUUGGACCUUUAUAGUUACAAAAGGAGACCCUUCUUCUGUUGUCGAGGGUCACGCUUCCUAUCAAGGAACUAAGGCCUCCUCAGAGGCUCAGAGCGCUCAUGUAUUUAAGUCGAGUUAUGGGGAGCAGUUUACUAUUACCACCAGAAGCCAGUGGGUGCAAGAGGCAGAGUGGACAGAGUGGUUUGACAGGGACGAUGAGAGGGGAUCUGGAGACUGGGAGAAAGUGUCCGACCUGCACGAGGCUUACCCAGACAAACUGUGCAGCAAUCCUCUCGACAUCCAGGCUGAGACCCAUGAUGGCAUAGCGGCCAACCAAACGGGAGAUGUGAUCCACAAGAAUGAUAAGGACUACGGCUUCGUCUGCCUCAACAAGGACCAGACUCAUGGCCUCUGUCGCAACUACAGAGUCCGCUUCCUCUGUGGAAAACUGGUUCGUCCUCAGGCCUCCGUCUCCAUCGACAUGUUGUCCAACAGCAGCAUCCUGGAGCUGGGGGACGAAGCACAGGGCUGGAGGUCCGGGGACCGGGUGGUGGUCGCCAGCACAGACUACUCCAUGCACCAGGCGGAGGAGUUCAGCCUGAUGCCCUGCUCAACCUGCACAUCCAGCCAGGUCAAGGUCCAAGGUAAGGCCAAGUUCAUCCACAUGGGUGAGGAAGUAGAUGGGGUGGACAUGAGGGCGGAGGUGGGCCUGCUGACUCGUAACAUCCUGAUCCGUGGAGAGAUGGAGCCCGGCUGCUACGGCAACGAGGCCUGCAACUUCUUCGACUUCGACACGUUCGGUGGACACGUGAAGGUGGAGCGGGGCUUCCGGGCGGUUCAUAUAUCGGGGGUGGAGCUGCAGCACAUGGGCCAGCAAACAAUGGGACACUACCCAGUCCAUUUCCAUAUGAACGGAGACGUGGACGAGAGGGGGGGCUACGACCCCCCCACAGCUGUCACCGACCUGUCCAUCCACCACUCCUUCUCGCGCUGCGUCACCAUCCACAGCUCCAACGGACUGCUGGUGAAGGACGUGGUGGGCUAUGACACGCUGGGCCACUGUUUCUUCACGGAGGACGGUCCAGAGGAGAGGAACACGUUCGACCACUGCCUGGGUCUGAUGGUGCGAGCCGGAAUGCUGCUGCCUUCAGACAGAGACAGCAAAAUGUGCCGGCACAUCACCGAAGGAUCGUACCCAGGAUAUGUAGCCAACCCCCGGCAAGACUGCAGCGCCACAUCAACUUUCUGGAUCGCCAACCCCAAUAACAACCUCAUCAACUGUGCUGCUGCAGGCUCCGAGGAAACAGGUUUCUGGUUCAUCUUCCACCAUGUGCCCACCGGCCCCUCAGAGGGCCUGUACUCCCCCGGACGCACCGAACACACCCCCAUGGGCCAGUUCACCAACAACAGAGCGCACUCCAACUACAGGGCUGGAAUGAUCCUUGAUAAUGGAGUAAAGACCACCGAGGCCAACGACAAGGACAAGAGACCCUUCCUGUCUCUGAUUGGAGCCAGGUACGGCCCCCACCAGGAUGCUGAUCCCUUCAAACCCAGGGUCCCGGCUCUGAUUCACCACUUUGUGGCCUAUAAGAACCAGGACCAUGGAGCCUGGCUGAGGGGGGGUGACGUGUGGCUGGACGACUGCCAAUUUGCUGAUAAUGGCAUCGGCCUCACUCUGGCGAGUGGAGGGACGUUCCCAGACGAUGACGGCUCUCGCCAGCAGGUGAUAAACUCUCUGUUUGUGGGUGAGAGUGAGAACCGCGGGAUGCCCGUCCCUGACAACAGGAUCUGGGGCCCCGGGGGGUCCGACCACAGCGGCAGAACGCUGCCUCGCGGCGUUGAUUUUCCAAUCCGAGGCAUGCAGAUCUACGACGGGCCCAUCAACAUUCAGAACUGUACGUUCCGGAAGUACGUGGCUCUGGAUGGACGGCACACCAGCGCGUUCGGCUUCCGGCUCAACAACUCGUGGCAGAGCUGCCCCAACAACAACGUCACUGACAUCAUCUUUGACCACGUACCUAUCACGUCUCGGGUGUUCUUUGGGGAGCCGGGCCCCUGGUUCAGCAAGAUGCAGAUGGACGGGGACAAGACCACCAUCUUCCACGACAUGGACGGCUCGGUCAGCGAAUACCCCGGAGCCUUCCUGGUGAAGGAGGACAACUGGCUGCUGCGGCACCCCGACUGCAUCGACGUGCCCGACUGGAAGGCUGCCAUCUGCAGCGGCCGCUACGCCCAGAUCUACGUCCAGACCCGUAACCCUGCCAACCUGAACAUGCACAUGGUGAAGGAUGAGUACCCUGACCGCCCCCUGACUCUAGAGGGCGCUCUGGGCAAGAAGAAGCACUACCAGCAGUUCCAGCCGGUGGUUACGCUGGCCAAAGGCUACACCAUCCACUGGGACCAGGCAGCACCCACUGAGGUCACCAUCUGGCUCAUCAACUUCAACAGGAAUGACUGGAUCAACGUUGGCCUCUGUUACCCACAAGGCACCACUUUCACCGUCAUCGCUGACAUCCACAACCGCCUGACCAAGCAGACCCGCAAGACCGGCGUCUUCAUGAGAACCACGCAGAUGGACAAGGUCAACCACUCCCAGCUGGCCCGAGGAUACUACUACUGGGAGGAGGACACUGGCCUGCUCUUCCUGAAGGUGAAGGCUCACAACGAGAGGGAGCAGUUUGCCUUCUGCUCUGCAAAGGGCUGUGAGAGGGUGAAGAUCACCGCCGUCAUCCCCAAAGGCAGCCCCCCCAGCAACUGCAUGGCCCAGGCCUACCCCCGACACGCUGAGAUGCCCGUUGUGGAUGUGCCCAUGCCCAGAAAGAUACCUAAUGCCAGGCUGCGAUCACCAGAACACUUCCUGGAAGUCAUCCUGGAGUCCUACAGCACUCGGUUCUUCCACAUCAAGGAGGACUUUGCCUUUACUGAGGUGAACGGCAAGAAGAUGUACCAACCAGAAGACGGGGUGCAGCUGACAGUAAUUGACGGGAAUGAUGGGAAGUUGGUGGAGAACAAAAGCUUCAGGAACUCCAUCCUACAGGGCAUCCCUGCACAGAUAGACAACUACGUCAGCGGACUGAGAGACGGUUCCAUCGUCCUCAUUACGUCCAAGGGCCGGCUGCUGACCCGAGGACCCUGGACCAAAGUCCUGGAAAGACUUGGAGCAGACAAAAGUAUCAAAUUGAAAGAUAAAAUGGCUUUCGUGGGCUUCAAGGGCUCCUUCCACCCUGACUGGAUCCGUAUGGAAGUAAACUCAGAGCGAGCCAAGAUCCAUCAGGUGCUGCCCAUCCCUGUGGUCCACAAGAUGAAGCUAUGAGAGUGGGGAGGACAACCAAGAGACUAAGUAGCCCCCAGGAGAUACUAAACACAAUUACACCCCCACCACCACCACCUCCUAUCCCCCCAAAAAUGCACCCACUUACACAUACACACUACCAGCACUGCAUAGUCAGUUGCUCCAAGCCAUUGUCCAGGACCAGUGGUGUGUUUUUAUUUUAAGUUUGGCAGUGAGAAAGAAUGAUGUGAUUUGGUGUAAUGUAAAGGGGAUUAAGCUGUCCCAGGGCCAGCGAUGAAGUGUGUCAGAGUGGGUAAGAGAUUCAGUAGAGGGAGUCAAGGUUCAACACAUUCUCUGGCGGCCAUAUUGUAUUCUAACAGCUAAGCUAACAGUGGCACAGAACAGACCAAGGAAGUGCGUUGGCAGUAGAAGGGCAUUUUUUGUAGUGUCCAAACGGUGGUACUACAUCUGUCGUUUCAGUCCGUGAUGUCGUUGACCCAAAAACAAGUGUUCCAAUUGACUUGAACUACCCAGUACAACGACUUUUAUGGUCAUUAUUUACAUCAUUGAGUCUAGAAGUUAUAACAUGCGCAAAAAUCUGAAGCCAGAGUUAUUUUCCCUCUAUUCAUUUGAAUGAGCCGAGAGCGGGUAAUCGGAGGCGGCCCUUAAAGACAACUCAAGUAGUCUAGCGGCCAAAGUCGCCGGUCACUCUCUGAAUCUCCAUUUGCUCCAUUUUGGGCUUAAUGCGCCACUGAGCAACUUUAACAGGAAUGAACAGGGUCUUGAAUCCGACUGUGUUUCAAGGUCUCUUCAUACAUCCAUGGAUUAAUAGGCCUGAUUGUUUUUCCAUAACAUUUUAUUGCCAUUGACAUCCCUAAUAGAAGUAUUUUGUUGACCUUAUUUUAGCUUGUGAGCUAAAGUAAAUAUUUGUUCAACAUAAAGGUGCACCUUGUAAAGCUUUGAUAUAGAAACAUAGACAGUCCUCUAAAAGACUUCACUAUUGAUUCACCCCAGCAGUCUGACAUCUACAGCCACAUGUUGAUCAAUCCUGUGGUGUGGUAGUCACUGUUAGAAAGAGCUGUUUGGUGAUGUAUAUGGUCGAGCUUUGCAUGAAAUGAUCUAGUUCCUAUAAUGUGUUGUUUCGAACCUGUCUAAAUGCAAAAUGGAAGCCUUUCAGUGGAGGGUGAAGACUUUGCAGAAGGGCGAGAUGUGAUAGUUUUCAAAGUGUUGAUAAACACACUUUCGGCCAUUCUCUUCUGAAAGGCAUUUAUUGCCUGGAACAGAACAGAGUGAAAAAUGAUAAAGUCUCACACCUCUGCGAACACCAAGUCAAUCACUGGUUGAAUUGGAGGUGAUUGUUGGUUGUGGAAAGUCACAAACAUAGUCAGCGUGUAGGUAGGGAGACCAUCAAACCUUUUUACUCCAUACUGAUGGCACAGUUAUACGAUGCUGUGAGAAGAUAGAAGUCAUUGAGGGAAGAAUGAAACAAAAGAGAACUGAGAGAAAUGACAGUGAUUGGAUUAUUACACUCCAAAUAAGGGAAGACAUUGGCAGAUAUAGGGUAUAGUGCUCAACGAGAGAUUGAGUGUUUAAAAGGAGAAAAAUCGGCCAGAUGCCCCUUCCUCGACCACAUCCUUCAGCUGUUCAUGGUAAUCAAGAAGAUUUGGCAGGCCUGAUGUAUAAACCCUACAUCAUGUUCUGGGUGAAAUACCUCCAGAUCAAAAGCCUCAACUAGCUAAAUUGACUUCUUUCAAGAACACCUAUGAACAGACAAAGCACAUGGAAUAGGGAAGGCUACGUACAACCAAGAGGGAUCCUCGAUGGAGAGAAACUCCCUUUGGAGGAACACAGGGAUUUCAGCCUUUGUAGUACUUUUACAUGCACACCCCGAACGCAAAGUGAGGCCUUUAAAUGCAGGACUUUGACUUGAGUAUUUCUAAAACUGUUGUAUAACUACUUUUACCGAAGUAAAAGAGCUGAGUAUUAUGUCUCGUAAAAAAAUAGUUGUAUAAUUGAGGUUUUAUUAGAGGAAGAUAACCUACAUCAACAACAACAAAAAUAUUCCAUUAUUCACAUUUAUUCAUUUAUAUUGAUCAUUUAACAACAAAUAUUUCCAAGAGUCUGUUUCCAGCCUGGUUGUUUGGUACUUGUUUAAUGACUGGCUGAUUCUCCAAUAGACCGUCAGUUGCUUGGCGUUUUGAUGAUGCGACUGCAAGCCUGUAUAUGAGCAGAGGGAGCAAUGCUAUGAGCGUGAGCCAGCUAAUCUAACGCAUGUAUAGAGUUUGUACUUCAGCGAGCAUCUUCCCAUGCAGGGACUCUGUGGUGUGGAGUGUUUCUUUGCCUGCUUUGUUUGACAAAACUGUUAAAAGAGAGAAAAGAGAAGAAGAAGAAACCAAAAGAGAAACGUUAAGUGUUUUGCAUCCAGACCCGUGGUUGUUUACCUGCUCUGUUUCAUUCCGAGCACUUGAUAUUGUGAUGUUCUCCUCCAAUGUUUUUUCUAUAUCUGUGUUUGUGAUCCAUCCAUCUGUGGAGUGAACCAGCAAGAAGUCCAUCAAAAUAUAAAAGAUUCAAUUAAAUGUUAAGUCAAGGAAUGUUUAAAUGUGCAAUUUCCUCUUUUCAAAAUGACAGAGAUCUUUCUUUCAAUUUGGCGGUACAAAUAAAUCCCCUCCCCAUGCCGAAAUAGCUGGUCUUUUUUCGGAUGUCGUCACAGUAAUUUAGUGUUUUGUAUGUUUAAUGUGUUUUUAAAAAUCCACAGAUUGCUAAGAGUUAUAUUUUAUACUUAUUUAUUGUACAGACACAGUGUAUCCAAUCUACAAGGGCCAGCUUUUAUUUGAUGAACAUACCUGCAUUUGAUACUUCAUACUGUCCUGUAUGUACAGUAAGAAACCAUAUAGGUCCAUUUAAAGGUGUGUAGCAGACACUCAUACUGCAUACAGGAAUAUAACACUUGGCUUCUUCUCACUGUUCACUUGGAUGUGUUGUAUAUGUGGCUUGGGCUUGUAAAGUAAUGAAGCUCCAUGAAUUUGAAUUUCUUUCAGGACUUUUGUACAGAAAUAAAUGAUGUUUGUCUGAA